AUGGAGACGACGGAUCGGUUAACCGUCGUUCCGCCUACAGAAUGGAAAGAGCUGCGUGAUAUUUUUCUUCAAAAUUGGCCCGAGCACCAUGUGGCGUAUACGACAGUCGACAACUUUGUCCGUUGGUAUGACAUAAAUCCCACGAUCAAGAAUCUCGUCAUUUACUGUCUGAACGAUACCUGGAGGAGAGACGGCACCUACCUGAUUGUGGAUCGCUAUCAGCUGUUCGCCUAUACUCUGGACCGCACAAACCAUACGCUCCGGAGAGCUCUUCCGUUACUGGAUUGGAGUGGAGGAUUGAAAGUGAGCUCUUUGCUUUCGCGCCACCGACAACCAGUAAUCGAUGUUAUCAGUAGCAAGUGCCUCUCGAAAGAGUAUGACAGCGAAACGUAUCUCUACUAUCUGCCUAAGGAGCAGUGCGAGGCGCUAUCAUUGAACAUCCCCGAUGGGUUUGAACUGAGGCCACUGCGAGUCCACGAUGCCACCAAAGCGGAUGAUUAUUGGCCAAAUCGACACACCGGAUCGUUGUUCUUCCUACAAAGGCUUGCGUCAUGGAAUCCUUGCAUUGGGCUUUACGAACAGUCGACAGGCGAUCUGGUUGCGUGGUGUUUUCGAUUGCAGGCUGGUGCAUUGGGAGCGCUGCAAGUGGAUCCGAACUAUUUGAGGCGUGGAUUCGGCACCAUUGUUACUGCUGCUGUUGCAAAACAAGUUGCUGCCCUGGGUCAUGAUUGUUGCGCUCUAGUUAACGCGACGAACGAACCCUCCAAACGCAUGUUUGAACAACUUGGAUUUAAGCACACAGAUGUGGCGUACUGGAUCAGGACCAUUCCGACACUACCAAACGAAUGGAAAGAUUAAUGGGAUCAAACAAUGAAUGUGUAUGAACAAAACAAUAA